AUGGCAUCCGUACAAUCGCAAGCCAAUGGCAAUGGCUCCGCAGUGCGACCCGCAAAGGUACAAGAGGAGGGUGCGGAAGAGAACAUAUUCCUAUUUAUCCCGAACCUGAUCGGCUAUUCGCGCGUCUUCCUCGCCCUCGGGUCGCUCUAUUACAUGCCCCUCCACCCACGCACAUGCACCCUCCUUUACAGUGUAUCGUGCCUGCUCGAUGCGUUAGAUGGAUAUGCAGCCCGAAAGUAUGAGCAGAGCACCAAGUUUGGUGCGGUACUGGACAUGGUGACGGAUCGAUGCACAACAACCUGCCUACUCGUCUUCUUGGCGCAAGCCUUUCCUCGCUGGAGCAUUGUCUUUCAAAGUCUCAUUUCGCUUGAUCUGGCGAGCCACUACAUGCACAUGUACGCAACGUUGAGCAUGGGAGGCAGUGGGCAGAGCCACAAGAACAUAGACGAAAGCAGGAGUUGGUUGCUCAAACAGUACUACUCCAACAACAAAGUUCUCUUCGCCCUUUGCGCCAUGAAUGAAACCUUCUUCAUUGCCCUCUACCUCCUCUCCUUCAGCUCGCCCCUCCUCUCUCCCACGCUCUUCUCCGACCUUAACAAUCCGGCUUCGCUGCAACCUGGCUCGCCUGCCGCUCCUAAACCAUCCAUGUUCUUUGCCAGCCCCUUUUCUGCUGCCGCUAUGGAGAUGGCGCGCGCCAACAAGAUGGAUUCAACUCUCCCUGUGGAUCCUGAUGGCUAUCUCAUUACCCUUCAUGGCCAUGAAGCAGGGGAUAAACGUGGUUCAGAUGCUAAAAGCGAGCCAAUGGCUUGCUGA